AAAAAUCGAAAGUCAUAUUUGACUGAAAUGCCCAUGCUGCUUCUGUAAGGCACCACUGGCUCACAAAUACAUUGAGAUAGGGUGCAUUUCUUUUCCUGAGACCAUGCCUCUGCUUUUUCCCAAAAAAACAUCUGUGCACCGUCCUGCAUGUCUCACAUAUUUGCUUUGAAAACAUGUAACUAUACAUCAUGAACAAGGUACACUGCUGGUGUCUCUCAAGCCACAAGUUCCCUUGAGUAUAGAAAAGGGAAACUGCUUCAGACAAACUAAAGCUUCUGUCCUUUAAUUAAAAAUGUUUAUGAUAAGGAAAUUACCAGCCUCAGAGUGGUAUUGCAGUACAGAUCCAUGGUACUGAGAGGUGAUCAGAUGGGAUUUGGAAAGGACAUCCCUCUAAUACUGGGUGUAUAAAAAUGCCAUGCAAGGUGAAAUUGCUGCACAUUGUCAUGUGUGAAGUGAUGGACAUCUGCAAGUUUCCUCACCUAGACAGUUAAAUUUGUGGCCAGUUUUCUCCAAGAUUUGGAAUUUUUAGAAUUUAAUACGAUCAGAGAUUUUGACAUAAAGGCUUUUUCUGUGCAAGAAAAAGAAACACAACAAAACACAUGAUGGAUUUUAAUUUUUCCAUAUAUACAACAUUUUUGACUUUAGAAUCACUGGAAUUGUCUCCCUCCAAUGUUUUCCCAGCAUUCAUGUUUGGAACUCUCACCUAUUGUGCCAUUUUGGUUUUCAAUAUGACUGUAUUGCUAACAAUUGCUUUAAAUCAGAAACUCCAUAAGCCUAUGUAUAUUCUAUUGUUUAACUUGCCACUCAGUGAUAUGAUGGGUGCCUCAGCCUUUUUCCCUCAGCUGGUGUCUAGUAUUCUGUCACAGAGUAGAUCCAUCACUUACUCUGCUUGUUUUGUGCAAGCUUUACUGGUACAUCUGUAUGGAGCUGGAGCAUUUCUCACUCUCAGUGCUAUGGCUUAUGACAGAUACAUUGCCAUUUGUUGUCCAUUGAAAUAUAACACCUUGAUGUCUCCAAAUAGCUUGCUGAAAAUAAUUAUUAUAAUGUGGACCUUGGAUUUUACUUUGAUUGGUUCACUACUUGCACUGAACUACCGCAAAGAGAUUUGUAGCACACAAAUAGUGGACAUUUUCUGCAAUAAUCCAUCUUUGAUGAAGCUGGUAUGUGGAGAUACAAAGUUAAAUAACUACUAUGGACUGUUUGUAACAGCUUUUUUUGAUGGUCUGUCUCUGCUGAUAGUGGUGUUCACAUACAUCCAAAUCUUAAUCACUGUUGUUGUUAAAAGACAGUCUGAUGCCAAAAGUAAAGCACUUCAGACCUGUGGUACACACCUAAUUGUUUUCUUAUGCUUUCAGUUCACCUCAGUCUUUGCCUUUAUAGCUCAUAGAUUUGAGACAGCAUCCCCAAACUUACGACGGGCCUUAGGUGCUUCUGCCAUAAUAUUUCCUCCAAUACUUAAUCCUCUUAUAUAUGGACUGAAAACAAAGGAAAUUCGGCAGAAUUUUAUUUUGUUUUUCCCUAAGAAAUUUUCCCUAGCAAAACAGAAUAAUAGUGGGAUGAAAAGACAACUGCAGUAA